UCAGCUGUCAACAGCUAUGGUCAACAGGCUGAGCAAGAAUCAAGCAGAGAUCCACGACAUACUUGGACCUGAUAGCUAGCAAACCAUUGCAACGUUUUGUUAUUGCCUUGUAAAAUUUAGCGGAGUUUUUUUUUUUAUCGAAUUCGGUCGACAAAUAAUGAUUCCAGGAAACAUUAUCUGCGUGACCCUGCCCUAAUCAUUCUAACAGACCAGGAGGCAGGAUGAACAUGUGAGACUGGACUUCCCAGCACAUGGACCGAAGCAGAUGCUGAGACAAGGCUGGCUUGAAUGGCCCUGAGCAUAGAAGACUCUACCCCAGCAGGAGCAUCACUGCGAUGACCAGCCGGCACUCCAACAGCCAUGCAGACAAAGCUCCUCCCCCAGCCGCACGGCCCCCCGCCCCGGCUGUGCCCAAACUCCAGGUCCAGCGCUCGCUGUCCAGAGAGACCGUCACAAUCCACUUCUCCGCCCUGGGGAAGGAAGAGGAGGCGGAGGAGGAGGAGUUGUACGGAGCGGCUGUCUCCUCCUCCUUUGCCCCACCUCCUCCCGUUAAGGAGGAACCCUGCGUUGUGACGGCCCAGGAGGCAAGCGAGGACUUGUUCGAGGGAACGGGGUUGGAGUCCCCAGCGGACUUUGCCAUCAUGCCCGUGUCAUCUUCCACCGUUUCUCCCAUUCCCGGUCCUCAGGCCUCCACUUCUGCCUCCCCUAGUUUUUCUACGUUGCCCAAAGACCAGAAAAGCACAGCACCCUCCUUUUCCUCCAGCUCUACCCCAACCACCUCCCCCUCCAGGUCUGCAACGGUCCCCUUCAGCGAGAAGCCCUUCAACCUGGUCAAGUCUCUGUCUUCGGACAUAGAGCCUUCUUCCUCUGGAGCCUCCUCCUCCUCCGUUCGCCAUCGUCAACUGAUGAAGACUUUGGUCAAGUCGCUAUCAUCCGACACCAAUCAGGACUCCUCUGGAGCCUCCUCCUCCUCGGCACCCUAUUGGCUCUCGGAGUCUCGCCUCAACCUGCAGCUCUUCAAGCAGUUCACUCAGUCCCGUGCUCCCGCCGCGUCAGUCGCCGGCACGGGGGACUCCAAAACGGCUCCCUCCUCCCCGCUCACCUCCCCGGACACCCGCUCUUUCUUCAAGGUCUUGGAAGUCGAGGCCCGCAUCGAGGACACCAAACGCCGUCUCUCCGAGGCCAUCUACGAACCCAUGCAGCUGCUGAACCGCAUCAGGGGCGAAGACAGCGGCGGCGGCGUUUACCGGCCCAAGGUGCUCUCCACCAGCGCCUCGGAGCUCUCCAGCCUGGCCUCCCUCAACAACGGCCUCUCGGAGAGCAACAAUAACAGCUACUGCAUCAAAGAGGAGGAAGGGGGCGAGUGGGAUGCCGAGAGCCCCACCAACGGAGCCUCGAGCCAAGGCGACUCGGCAAGCCUACCCGACGCCAAAAACCCCAAGCCCGCCUCGGGCUCCAUGUCUCUAGCCCUGGACAAGUGCUCCAUGUCUGCCCUGGCCCGGCAGGAAGACGAGGACUACUGCAUCCUCUACAGCGAUGACUUUGAAAUGUGCACUGACACGGAAGGCGUGGAUGCCUUGGAUCGGACGGACGACAUCGCAACCGGAAGUCGGGCCAAGGCUCACGCCAGCAGUAGCACGGAACCCUGCAGUGAAGACGACUGGGACGAAGAAGAACCGGACGCCAACAUUCCAUACUACACACUCAUGUUCCUCACUGCGAUAGUCUACGGGUUCCUCGUGCUCCCUCUGCCCACCUACGUUGGGGGAAUGCUGCUAGGAGUUGGCCUGGGGUUCUUUCUGGCCAUCGGCGUGGUGUGGCUGGCUGGUCCGAAGCCCUCCGGCCAUGGUUUCAGGCAUCCCAGACACAAGGGGGAGCUGUGGGAAACGGCCCGACCGGACGUCAGAGAGCCGAGCCUCUUCAAGGGCUGGAUGAAUGAGAUUGUGAACUAUGACCCCGAGACCUACCAUGCCACCCUGACCCACUCUGUCUUCGUGAGACUGGAGGGCUCCGUCCUGCGCCUGUCCAAGCCCAACCGGAACAUUCCACGCCGCGCCACACACAACGAGCCUAAACCGGACGUUACCUACAUCAGUCAGAAGAUCUACGACUUGACCGACAGCAAGAUCUACCUGGCGCCCCACAGCCUGGCCAGGAAGCGCGUUUGGAACAAGAAGUACCCCGUCUGCAUCCAGCUGGCCAAGCAGGACGACUUCAUGUCCAAAGCCGAGAGCGACCCCUCUGACGCCGCGGACGACCGCGCCGCGACCGUGACCUCCGCCGACCGGGGGGAGGGAGCCGGGGGGGGCGACGGGUCGAGACGGCCCUCGGCGACGCAGGAGGGGGGACGAGGACCCUCCGGCAGGGACCUGACCCUCUACCUGUUCGGGAGGACGGGGAGAGAGAAGGAGGAGUGGUUCCAGAGAAUUCUGCUGGCGUCCAAGCCCAAGACGGACAUGAAGAAAGCUGCUAGCGUGGUGGGGCCCAAGAGCGCCCUGACCUCCCAUAGCCGCAGCAGUAGCCGGGGCAGUCUGGACGAGGCCCUGACCUCUCUCCCCAGGACCAGGGAGUCUGCUUCAGCCGCCGCUGGCAGUGCCAAGCUCAAGACCCUGCUGGACUACAGUAACUACAUGGCCUCCCUAGUGCCCCCCCAGGCUGCCAGCCCCACUGCCAACACUGCUGCUGCUGCUAGUGCUGCUGCCAGUCCUCUCACCCAGAGCCCUCAGAGCAGCCCCGGGGCGGGCAAGAAGUUACCCAGCAUCCCCGCGGCGGUGACGGCCGCGAAGGAGGAGGAGCCUUGUGCCUGGGUGAACGCGGCGGUGGGCCGGGUGAUCUGGGACUUCCUGUGUGAGCCCUACUGGGCCGACAUGGUCUCCAAGAAGAUCCAGAUGAAGUUGAGCAAGAUCAGGCUCCCCUACUUCAUGAACGAGCUGACUCUGACCGAGCUGGACAUGGGCGUGGCCACCCCCAAGAUCCUCGGAGCCUCCAAACCUUCGGUGGACCACCAGGGCCUGUGGUUUGACCUGGAGAUCUCCUACAGCGGCUCGUUCCUCAUGACCCUGGAGACCAAGAUGAACCUGAUCAGGCUGGGCAAGGAGGGAGAGGGCCUGCGCAUCGGAGAGCUGGGCAAGGACGGGUACAGACCGCGGACCUACUGCCUGGCCGACAGCGACGAGGAGUCGUCCAGCGCGGGGUCGUCAGACGAGGAGGACGGCUCGGAGGUCACGUCCGACGCCCUCGGCGCCGACGGAUACCUGGGGGGCCACAAGCCGAGCAAGAUCAUGCGUUUCGUGGACAAGAUCGCCAAGUCCAAGUACUUCCAGAAGGCUACGGAGACGGAGUUCAUCAAGAAGAAGAUGGAGGAGGUGUCCAACACGCCCCUGCUGCUCACCGUGGAGGUCCAGGAGCUCCGGGGGAUGCUGGCCGUCAACAUCCCCCCGCCCCCCACUGACAGGAUAUGGUAUGGCUUCAGGAGCCCCCCCCACCUGGAGCUGAAGGCCAGGCCCAAACUGGGGGAGAGAGUAGUCACCCUGGCCCACGUCACCGACUGGAUCGAAAAGAAACUGGACCAGGAAUUCCAGAAAAUCUUUGUAAUGCCAAACAUGGAUGACGUGUGGCUGACCAUCAUGCACUCUGCCAUGGACGCCCGCUCAGCCAGUGGCCCUCUGGCACCAGACCCGGAGCCCUCCGAACCAGCAGGGGGCGCCACUGGCGAUCCAUGAAGUUUACACAGAUUUGCUCGGUGCCCAUGAAAUUAACAUGGGGCCAAACCGGGGUCGCCAUCGUGUCUCUAAGCCAAGCCCCUCAGUGCUGGAUAGAAACAGAGACAAAGAUACCACAUCUGAACACUAGGGGGCUGUAUGACCUGUGACCUUGCACAGACUCAACAAAGGAACAAGAUGGAGGUCUCCAUACAACGAAGGAAACGCACAAAAAAAUAUAUUGCUGCUCAAGUCCUUUUAUGAUUGGAAGGGGGGGGGGGGGGACAGCGAAAGAAGAUUCUCCGUUGAAGGAUAGAAGGGUUAGUCAGUAGUUGAAGUGGGGGGUGGGGGGGUUACAUAGAACACAUGACGUCCUAUGAACACGUUGUUAAGCAUUCACCGGUCACCUUAUAAAGACAACAGAGUUCUGCACAUGUGUGUUUGGGGAGAGGGUGUAGGAGAAGAGGUGAAACUGCAGUACGUCUUGGAACAUGCCACUGCUGAGCAAACACUUCUUAAACGGAGAUCACUUUCGUAGUCUGACAAUGAAGUCACGAUGUUUCCGCCACAAAGCUGUUCCUGUGUGUGCUUGUGUCGUGAAUGUAUGUUUUUGUUAUCCGAGAGAAAGAGGUUUUUACGUUGGCAAGACCUGUUUCUGGAGCCUAGCUGUUUAUUAGGAGUGGCACAUGAUGUCGAAUUGGCCAUGUGAAACUAGACGCACACAAUGCUCCAUGCCAUUAAGCUAACUCCCUGUGACCAUGUGCACUUCACUACAGCAGCCAAGGCUCUGUCGUAACCACUCCCCUCAACGUUCUGACUGGCUACCAACUGAUGUAAUAUGCAAAUGUCCACCGUGCCCAUGACCAUAUAUGGAACCAACCCUACUAAGCCCAUCCCCCUUCAUACUUGGGCAUCAACAAGGUUGGGUUUUGUAAAUGAGGCAGCAAGUGUCUUGAAUUCACUGAUGCCUACAUGAUGUCCAUGCAGAAUAGUAAUUAAUGGACGCAAGGAGUGCAAUGAUGGAAAUAUUAUUAUUAUUAUAAAGAUACAGAUAAGCUGUAUGUCUGAAAAGAUGUAUAUAUCUUCUAAGUGGCCUAACACUAAUGAAUGUAUGUGUGGAUAUUACUUUGUCCGUUUUGUAUGAAAACUAUUCCUAACCAAUCACGUGGAUAUCGAUAGGGGGGGAAGCAGAAAAUAGCACAACAAAAACUGAGACAGUUUCUUUUUUUUUUUGUGCGUUAGAUGUUUUGUUGUUUUUUGCUAGUGAACACAAUUGGUGAAAAUGUAGAGACGUGUUCACAAAUGUGAUGUCGCAGUUGUGGUUUCAUGAUGUGCUCACUAACAUAUAGUACAUAUCUAGAACAAGAAGAAACAUUAGCCUACAUUAUCAAGUAUGUGCCAUUCAAAUGUGCCAUUUAAGCUUCAUACUUUACGUUGGGAUUUUUACAUAGGCCUUUUUCAAUACUUCGGUUGCCAAUGAUUUGACCUUUACAACUAGCUCUAUAUUCUAGCUAAUAUGUUAAUGAAUAUGUAAUAGGUUGUCCAUUGCCAAAACAACAGCUUGGUCAAAAAAAGCUGGCUUGUUCCCUUGCCUAGAGUAUAGUUUUGCUCAAUAACCUUCACCCAACAUUAGAACACAGUAUCCAGUCUCUGAAUCACUCUGUAUUCCAUUCUGUGUAGUAUACGUGUCUCAUGGUGACAUUUAGAGAUGUACAAUGUCAGCAUUGGGUUUGUUUACAGGAAUUUGGAAUAUGUUGCCAUCGAUUUUCUUUUCAUACACUAGAGUAUUUUUAAAGGCCAUUGAAUUUCUUUUGUUUUCCCUCUAGAUUUUUUUGUGGAAUGUUUCUUUUUUUGGUUGGUAAUGUUGGGUUUGAAUAAGAAUGUCUUGUGUUUUGUCAGGUUCUCUGAAAUGAAGAACAGAAUCGUAUAAGAUAUAUAAAUGAAUAUGACUUUGUAUAUGUGAUUUUGAGUAUUGUUGAACUAUUUAGAUUUUCCAGACCAAAUGAAUCCCCCAUUAGUAAGGGUAGCAAAGAGCAGAUGGAACAGGUUCUUGAAGGAAUGCUUUUUUACUUUGCAGGCCUAAUUUGUCUUAUGUUCUUGAUUUUGUAUUUGGAAUUGCAAUUACAUUGUCUUACAAAUAGAGGAAAUAUCUGGCUUGCAUUGUAGUUAUUUGUUCUUGAAAUAAAGAAUUUUGUAUGAAAUCA